AUGUCGUACGCAGCGAAUCCUCGCGCCUCCGGCAACCACCCUGCGAGUGCCGACCCCAAUGUUCCUCAGGAAUCUAUCGGCGCCAUUGCCUCCGACUCGCUCGCUGCCGACUCCAUCAAGCAAGGUGGCGAUUUUGCCAACCAGGACCCCAAUGCAGUGCCUUUGGGCGUCUCCGGUAGCAAAUCAACUUUGAACACAACCGACACUUCUGGCGCGGUCCCUCUCUCUGCAGCAGCAUCAGGGACUGCCCGCGAGAAGCAACAGGCUCAGAGUGCGGGCUCUGACGAGAGGGGAGUCACCGGCCUCAAAUAUCCCGAUGCCACAGGCCAGCCCGGAUUCUCAGGCGCGCAUACAGGCGAGGGCGGAUACCACGGCAGCCCUGCUGCCGACCGCCAGGGUGGCGGCUACACGACCCAGCCCGCCGGUGCAUCCGACUUCGGUGCCACCACAACCUCGACCUCCGACGUCGACAGCAGCCAAAUCCGCUCCGGAUCCGCCGCCGUCAGCAGCAGCAACAACAACACAAACACCACAUCAGGCUCCACUUCUACGAACCAAGCCCAGUCCGCCAGCACAUCAGGCACAACCGGCAUCCGCCCCCACGUCGACGCCGCGCCCAACUACGCCGCGCGCGUCAGUGGGGCGAUCGACAACGACAACGAACGGCAGCCCAAGGGCGACAACCUGGUGGAAGGCGGCGACAUCCCCGCGGGCAAGAAGACGUUCACGGGCGAUGUAGGCGGACCCAAGGAUCCGGGCCGGCUGGCGGAGCAGCGCUUCGAGGGCAUCAAUGCUAACGUGCCCGGUGGGGGGACGGAUCGGGAUCGUCAGGGUGAGAGGGACGUGGGUGGGCAGUAUGGGGCGCUCGAGGGGAGUGAACGGAUUUAG